AUGUUUGCCGCCCUCCCUUCCUCGUCACCGCCCCGCGCAUGCAACCUCGCAACCGAGCCAUUUUCACCCCUAUCGCCGCAAGAUGCCGAGCGCCCUCGAUCUCGCCUCUCCCCCAUGUCGCCGAACAACCACUCGCACAACAAGCAAGAUGCUGCGGCGGCGCCCGAGCCCCCCUUCUCCCCUCCCUCAUCUCCACUUUCCUACGCCCAGCGCUACACUUCGCGAAUAGCCCACCCGGCCUCCCGCGUCACGGGCCGCAUGUCGCGCGACAUCCGACGAAACGCCUUCCUCAACCGCGUCAAACAGGAUCGCCAGAGCGCGCGGUUCAACGCGCGGGAGGACCGCAUGCUGUGGAUCGAGUAUAUCACGCAGAAACGCCGGUUUGAGGAGGAGAUGGCGCGCUCGGCUCCGAGGAUUGACAAUGUUGAGGAUGCGAUGGUGGAAGACGAGAGAGUAGGGACUGCGGCGGGGAACGAGGACUGGGUGGAAGAAGCGGCGCUGGAGGAGUAUCUCGCCCAGGAACGGGAAUAUGAAGCCUUCGCGGAAGAGAUGGAAAGACAGCUCGAAACGGAUAAUGCCCGAAGCAGCAGCAAUGAUGAAGAUGAAUAUUAUGAUAGUAUAUUCACCGCGCUUGCGUCGCAAUGCCCGUCAGAGGUAUUAGACCCGGAUGAACGGAUGGAUACCUCGCAUGGAUGA